GUGCGGCGGCCAAUCCGGCCCGGUGGCCCUUAGGUUGCGGGGCGUGCGCGACUCAUCCAGGCUGGCCUUAACGGUUACGGGCGGUCUCCGCAGUCGUGCGUUGCCACUUCUCACGUGCGGAAUGUUGCUUCUGGCGUUGGGAAGGCCUUUGGCGGCUGGACGGCAACUCCGCGGAAAGAGGGCGGUGCUGUGGGCGGCCACGGCUCUCCGAAACCCUAGGGCAGCUGUGUCACAGGCGGCCUCCGGCAACAGCUCCCCGGGGCCGGUCGGCGGCAGGAGAGCUGGGCUGCGGGGUGCCGUCCCACUUUUCCGGCGCCCCGUGCCUUCACAGAUACAUGUUUGUUGGGAAAGAUGUGUUCGAUGCUUACGUACACAAGUUGAAAAAUCAGAAGAUGGAAGACUGAUUUAUACUGGAAAUCUGGCCCGAACAGUAUUUGGUGUGAAAUGUUUCUCUUACUCUACAAGUGUGAUCAGCCUUGCAUUUCUACCCUACAUUUUUGCACAAAAUAAUAUUGUAUUUGGAAGUCUGCCUUUGCAAGUCUUAUUUUAUGGCAUCAUAGGAAGCUUUACAGUGAUCACUCCAGUACUGCUUCACUUUGUUACAAAAGGCUAUGUCAUUCGUUUGUACCAUGAGGCCACAACGGACACAUAUAAAGCCAUUACUUAUAAUGUUGCGCUUUCAGAAACGAGUACAGUGUUUCAUCAGAAUGAUGUGAAGAUUCCAAACAGUGCACAUGUAUUUACCACAUUUUAUGCUAAAACAAAAUCACUGUUAGUUAAUCCAAGUCUCUUUCCAAACCCCAAAGACUAUGACCAUCUUAUGGGUUAUGACAAACCGUUUACUUUUGAUAUGGAAGAAAUCAGUGAAAAGAAACAGCUUAAAGAUGAGAAAUGAUUCUACUCUUUUUAUAUUUUGCUUAAAUGUGAUUUAUUUUCCCAUGUGUAAUAAUAAUUGUUUUCUGUUAGUGACUGAUUGUUAAAAAUAAUUUGAAACUAUUGCAAACAACUUUUAAUUAAUUUUCAGAGAAUUAUGUUUCUUUAUAAUAACAAGCUAUGUGAAAACAAAGCAUAUAAUAUUAAACCACUUGUGUUUUUAAAAAGGUGUGAAAAUAUAUGUACAUGUUGGCAUAUGCACAAACAAUUGAAUUAAGUGUGGUUGCCUCUCUGCUGGGGGUCAUGUCAGACGCAUAAGGGGGAGUUAAUUUUUCUUUGUAUAGAGAUCAGAUAUCAAGGAAAUAGGGGAAGUUAUUUUUAUUUUGUGUUUAAAUUUUUCAAAGUGUUUUAUAGAUACUAUCUUCUCACAUUAAGAACUCUUUUUAAAAAUUUAUAAAUUCUGGAAAGCAGUGUUAA